AUGUCCUUAUCUAUCUAUCUAUCUAUCUAUCUAUCUAUCUAUCUAUCUAUCUAUCUGUAUCCAAUGCUGUUUAUAUAUCAGUCUAUCCAAAUAUAUGAUAAAAUGUCCUUAUCUAUCUAUCUAUCUAUCUAUCUAUCUAUCUAUCUUUAUCCAAUGCUGUUUAUAUAUCAGUCUAUCCAAAUAUAUCAUAAAAUGUCCUUAUCUAUCUAUCUAUCUAUCUAUCUAUCUAUCUAUCUAUCUAUCUAUCUGUAUCCAAUGCUGUUUAUAUAUCAGUCUAUCCAAAUAUAUCAUAAAAUGUCCUUAUCUAUCUAUCUAUCUAUCUAUCUAUCUAUCUAUCUAUCUAUCUAUCUAUAUCCAAUGCUGUUUAUAUAUCAGACUAUUCAAAUAUAUCUUAAAAUGUCAUCUAUCUAUCUAUCUAUCUAUCUAUCUAUCUAUCUAUCUAAUUCGUUCUCAUCUAUUUAA